AUGACGGACGAACUCACGGGGAGCCUCAACGACCGAGCAACGGCGAGCAACGCCUCGGAGGUAUGCUCCAACCUCCUCACCAAUAUACGACUGCUACCGCAUCCGAUGACCUGCCUCGCCCACAUCGCAUUCAAAGUCGCCAUUCUGAGCAGAUACUUCAUCAUGCCGUACGUGUUCGGCUCAAUGACAGGAGCAUACCCGGACUUCAUUCUCACCUUCGAGCUCAUAGGCGUGCUGGCGUUCGCAGACUUCUGGGUGGUGAAGAACUGCACCUCCAGCACCCUUGCCGGGAUCUCCUGGUACUGCGACUCCACCGUAGCCAACGCGGACACGUUCGUGCAUAAGCGGGUCAAGGACGAAAUGUUCCUCAACAAGGAGGAGUCGGCGUUUUUCUGGGCAGUGAUGUACAUUUGGCCCGCGCUCUGGGUGUUGAACGUCGCAGCCCUGAUAUCAACGUUCGAUAUCCCAUGGGUAGGCGUGAAAGUAUGGUAUACGCAUAAUAUCAUGCAGCUGGUCGCAUCGGGAGUCAUUGUAACUUUCGCACUGAUCAACCUGGUCAACUGCCUCAAGUGCUCACAGGAUAAACGCGAGAAGGCGUCGAAGCUCACCGGGAAGCUGGCCGACAAACUCAUGGGCUUCAUCACGAGAUCGUACAUACGGUCGCAGACGAUCCCGAACUGA